CGUUUUCUCAAGGUUGCGCUACCGAGAAGUUUUACCAUAUACGGGAAGUCGAUUAUGCCAGCAGUAUAAUGUGCACGUCAGAGCCGGUAUCAGGGUGGCUCUACAAAUGGACAAACCUUUUAAAAGGCUAUAAAAAGCGUUGGUUCGUAGUACAUAAUCAUUUACUUAACUACUACCGAGGACCCGAUGCAGUUGGAAGACAUUGUCAUGGGACCUUCGACUUGACAGAUGCAUAUUUGAGUUCCCAAAAUUCUGGAUCUUCAUUCAUUCUGACAGAGAGUUCUGGAAGGAAGCAUUACUUUAAAGCAUUGUCAGAAGAAGACAAGAAGAAAUGGAUAGAAGCUCUUAAAGAUAUUAUAUCAAGAUCUCAGAGAACCCCUACUGAGAUUGAAUCAGACUACUCAUCAUUUAUUGUACUUCGAUCAGAAAAAGAGAACAAUUUCAAGCAAAAUUCUUUCAGAUUUACUCUCAAAGGUCGGCCAAAGUUGGAUAUUAAAACAACCAGUUUCCCAGUUCUAUCUCAACCACUUUCUCGCCAAUCAGUCCCCCUAAAUCACUGUGCUGACCAGUCAUGUUCACACGACCGUAUGAGUAAUUCAUCUAGUGAGAGGUAUCGCAGAAUAAAGGUCAAACACAAUUCAUUGAAAUCCGAUUGUAUAUAUCCAUCAGAUGCUCCAAUACAGAAUUCAUGUUCUCGCUCUAUGUAUGAACCAAAUAUUACUACCAAUGACCUUAAGCUGAAAACUGACACCGGAAGACGUUUGUCCCGUCAAUAUACCAUUUCAUUCGAAGACAGCAACCGUUUAAGCAUCAUAGAGUCUUUACGGAAACGCUUGCAUGAUCACAUUAGUAACAUUUGUUCUCAAGUCAGUAAUAUCGAGUCAAUGCUUACAUCCGUUUCAAACGAUUUAUCCAGUUUGCUGCUUCGGUCGCGUUCAUUCCCAGUGAAUUCAAACGAUUUUUUUUCUGCCUCAGAUUUAGAAAGACGGACUACGUCUCUCAAACUUGCCUUACUAGAACAUCGUAACGACGCAAAAGAAUUUUACGAGGCGUCUACAGAAGCAUUGCAAUACUUAUCUGGAACUUAUGCUCGAUUCAAUCGACAACUUAAUUUAGAACAAGAUCGUUGUAUAACUUUGGAGAAGACCGUUGAGCAAUUGGCUAAAGAACUACGUAGUUUGGAAAUCCAAUUAAAAUAUCAUAUUUCUAUGGCUUAUGAAAACAGAAACAUGAAAAAAAUUCAAUCUGAAGAAACCAGAAAAAUUGUAAAACAAACAGUAGAAAAAUUUCCUGAUCUAGAUAGUAUUAAUGAAUUCUAUGAUGCUAUAUCUAAUUUGGAUAUGAUUGGACAUUGUGAGACGGAUGCUGAAAUCAAUCAACCUGAUAUAGAAACACCGAGAGCAUUGAAUUACACUUCAUUAUCAUUGCCUAGUAGUAGUGAUGCAGUACGAGCAUCAUCAGCUAGUUUAAGUAGUUUAAUGAAUGUUGAUGAAACAUCAGUUUCAGGCAGUGAAUUAGAAUUACCAAAUGGUUAUACAAAUAGAAGUAAUGUUUUAAAAUCUAUUCGGUCUGAUGGUUAUUCGAAUACGUAUAAUAAAAAUUCUACUACUGACCAACGUAGUAACACUUUGAAACGUGGCCAAGUUUCUAAACGUCGAAGUACCAUACCUGUGUCACCUAAAAUUGCAUUAAAUUUAUGGGGUAUAAUUAAAAAUGCUAUCGGUAAAGAUCUUGCAAAGAUUCCAAUACCUGUAAAUUUCAACGAACCUUUAUCAUUUCUUCAACGAGCUGUUGAAGAUUUCACAUAUUCUAAUCUGUUAGAUUAUGCUUCACAGACAACAGAUCCAGUGGAACAAAUGGCUUAUGUUGUAGCAUUCUCAAUUAGUUGUUAUAGUUCAACUGCUUAUCGUACAACUAAACCAUUUAAUUCAUUACUCGGUGAAACUUAUGAAUGUGAUCGUACAGAUGAUUUGGGUUGGCGGUGUAUUUCAGAACAGGUUAGUCAUCAUCCACCUGGUUGUAGUCAAUAUUGUGAAUCAUUACGGCAUAAAUGGAAAGUAUGGCAAGAUUAUUUUCUAUCAACAAAAUUUCGUGGUAAAUAUUUAUCUAUCACUCCUAAAGGUACCAUUAAUUUACAAUUAUCUGAUGGAUCACAUUAUACAUGGACUAAAGUAACCACUAUUGUUCAUAAUCUCAUUGUUGGUACAAUAUGGAUUGAUAAUUGUGGUGAUGUAACUAUAGAAAAUCAUAAAACUGGUUAUUUAUGUAAUUUACAAUUUAUUGCUCAUUCUUAUUUCAAUAGAGGACAAGCAAGACGAGUUACAGGUUUUGUGAAAAAUCCAAACGGUGUACCGGUGGCUGUAAUUCAAGGAACAUGGGAUAAAUAUAUAGAAUAUCAACUUUUAUCAAUUGAUAAAGUACCUGUUGGUGAACCGAAAUUAGUAUGGCAAACGGACACAUUACCGCCUAAUGCUUCUGAUAUGUAUUAUUUUUCACAAUUCGCCAUUGAAUUAAAUGAAAUGGAAGAUGGUAUUGCACCGACUGAUUCAAGACAUCGACCUGAUCAACGUCUUAUGGAACAAGGGCUAUGGGAUCAAGCAAAUGAUGAGAAAAUGCGUUUAGAAACAAAACAACGAAAUAAACGUUAUGCAUGGGAGAAAGCAGUUCGUGAAGGUCAAACAGACGAACCAUUAUUCACACCAGUAUGGUUUACACCAAAAUAUGAUGUCAAUGGUAAUUUAUAUCAUCAAUAUUUAGGAAAUUAUUGGCAAGCAAAAGAACAACAAGAUUGGGCAAAAUGUCCAGAUAUUUAUUGAAAAAAAAAAGAAAGAAAGUUUUUCUCUUAGAUUUUUUUUAUUUUCUAUAAUUAUUCUUGUUGUGCGUACGCGCACGAGCGUGCGCGAGAAAAAGAGACAGAUUUCAGUAUAAUAAAACAAUAUAUUGUCUCUUUUAUACAUCAGUUUUCAUCGACUUUUUUCUCUCACCGUCUUUGUUGUUUGUUUUCUGACAACAUUCUUAUUCUGUGCUUAUUUAAAAUUAAAAUUAAAUCUCAUUCACUUUGCUUUUUAUGAUAAUAAUAUCCGAUUGUUAUCCUUUCAUCAUUUAUUUUGUCUGUUUUAUCUAUACACUAGACAAAUUCUGUUUCUCUACAUGGGGCUUUCACUAACUGCAACCAACCAGCCUUUUAUCGUGUUCCUUUUUAUUGAACUCACUGAUUUAUAGUUAAAAAAAAGUAGUAUAUUUUCGUGUGCUUACAGAUUGUGUUGUUGUGUACCUUCGUGUAUAUAAAUGCGUAUAUAUAUAUAUAUAUAUAUAU